UUUAAGGCAAAAGCGAGAGGCUUCACUCCCAUGCACUUCCGUAUUUGCUUUAAAACCUAUACACCGCUUAUGUCAAUCAGAGAGAUUUGAUCGUUUCUGUGUUUAGCCGAAAAGAAUAACUGAAGUCACUACUGCACUAUAUUUACGCUGAUACUAACAUUUGUAUUUGUGUUAAAACGUAAUUUUAGUAAUUAGUAAGCAGAAAUUACCGAUUGUCACGACAGGGAAUCUUUCUAAUAGGUAACUAUCUUGGUCAUUGUUUGGGUCAAAGGUCUAUACGCACUUCCUACAUCUCCCAUUCAAGUUGUGUGUCCUCGUUUGUUGGCUACUUUUCGGUGUUCACAUCAAAGAGGAGAUGCAAUUGCAAGAAAGGCAGCAGAUGAUGUAUUUGGAUAUAUGGGAAGACAGCUAAUUUAGGUGGUGGUCACGAUUUUGAGUAUUUCCACUCUUGAUGCUGCUGUUCUGAUCGCUAGCAAUGGCUGGAAGUCCUGCUGUGGUUAUGCGCCUGGUGGCUUCUGCCCACACUGUGGCUGAAAUGGCUGGCGCCAUUGUGAGGAAGGUCCUUCACACCGGAGAACUUGGCAUUGUGCAAAAGACUGGAGCUAAUGACCUGCAGACACUGGCGGACAGACUGGCACAGCAGAGCAUUUGCGCAUCACUGUCCAAACGAUUCCCCAAAAUCACCAUCAUUGGAGAGGAGGAGCUUCCCGCUGAGGACAUAAGUGAAGAUCUCAUUGAGAAUGGCCACUCAGAGGAAAUCCUUCGGGAGACAUGUCCACCAGAAUAUAGUGGGUUGAAAGAGGAGGAGCUAGUUGUGUGGGUUGAUCCCCUCGAUGGCACAAAAGAAUAUACUGAAGCGUCGAGGUGUCUCCGUCACCCAGCUGAGGCCCAGAUGUCACACAAAGGGUCGGACACCUCUCAGCCUCUCAGCACGGCUCUCUGGCUCCUGGAUAAUGUGACCGUGCUUAUUGGUAUUGCACACAGAGGCAAAGCUAUUGCAGGUGUCAUCAACCAGCCUUUCUACAACUACCAGCUGGGAGAAGGAGCAGCUUUGGGAAGAACCAUGUGGGGAAUGCCGGGAUUGGGCGCCUUUGGAUUUCAACUGCAGGAAGUCCCGGGUGACAGACGUAUCAUCACCACCACACGCUCCCAUAGCAACAAGGUGGUGACGGACUGUGUAGACGCCAUGGAGCCUCACGAAGUUAUAAGAGUGGGUGGCGCUGGAAACAAGAUAAUCCAGCUUGUUGAGGGGCGGGCUUCUGCUUAUGUCUUUGCCAGUCCUGGGUGCAAGAAGUGGGACACCUGCGCCCCUGAAGCCAUCCUGAAUGCUGUUGGAGGUAAACUGACUGACAUGCAUGGCAAUGCAUACCGCUACGAUGCUGCUGUAAAGCACAUGAACUCUGCCGGCGUUCUUGCUACACUACGCAACCACGAGUACUACCUCAGCAGAGUACCACAGUCAGUGCUGCAAGCCCUGAAGUCAGACUGACUCUGAUCACACUGAGUAUCACACACAUGCAGGAGGUAAAAAUGUCAUAAAAUCUAUUUUGACUUUAUGAAAAUUUUAUCAGAUUUUUUUUAGCCAUAACAUAUGAAUACAUUAUUACAUUGUGAUACAUGCUUAUGAGUAAGUGAACUCAGUACUGUGGUCAGUCAGCAUCACUUAACGUUUAAUUACCCAGAAAACAGAGAGACGGGCUCAACAGCAUUUAUUUCACUUGUCUGAAACAAACUCGUACAAAUUUGAAAACAUCUCAACAUACUGUUUCCAACUAGAAGACCAAUAGAUUUACAAGGCAAAAGGCGAGAUUUAAAUAAAUAAAAACACAUCAGUUAAAUGUUCAUUAGUGAGUCGGAAAUGAUUGGGUCAUUCAGUAACUACAAGUGGGAACAACAAACAAAAGGCCAUCAUCUUGUCUUGAUGAUUUUGAACUCUUUACAAGGUCAUGCUGUGACUGGAAGUGCAACUGAAAGCUUGAAAAAGAGCUUGUUGGUGGUUGGAAACACAGAUCUAAUGCAGAGCACCUACUGUGCAUGAAUGCCCUCAUGAAGGUACAGCACAGUUUGGCUAUGUCCUCUUAAAAAACAGGCUUCAGUGGCCUUUACAAUUGUUUAUUCUUGCAUAUUGCAAGAUAUUUUUUUUUUUUAGCAAUAUUUAUUGCACUUGUAUCGUCAAAAUCCACAGGGAGAAAAACAUUCUUGAGUCGAAAGGAAAGGCAGGGAUGGGAAUUAAUAAUAAAACUUUACUGAAACCCACACCAUUGUGGAUUUUGCUUAUCGGUCCAGUUCUUUAAAGAUUCAGUUACUGAUUACUGAUCAGAAAGUCGCAGUCCUACGCGGGUUUUCUGUGUCGAGUUUUACUAUCUGAGUGUGAACACAGUGUAGAAACAGCAGAACAAAGGCAUGUGUGUGACUCAGAUGAGCAAAGGCUCCACUGCUGUUUAUUUUGCAACUGGCUCACACUCAUAUUUGCACAGCAUUCAUUGUCAUUUAGGUUUUCUUAGUCAAC